CGUGACGUUGUAGCGACUCGACCCGGAACCGGAGGCUCCACCGCCGGCUGCGCUCCCUGACUGUCCCCGGAACAGAGCUCCGUGCUGCGGGAGCCGCGGCGCGAUGAGCGGCCGGAGACCGUGACCCGGAGCCGGCCAAGCACCCAGGGAUCCACGGUGAUGGAUGCAGAGGGCGGGGAGCAGUUCCUCGGCGGCGGCGGCGUGAUGGCGUCGGACAGCUGGCAGCUGGACGCUGCGUUCGGCUGCGACCUGGUGUUCUGCGGCUCGGAGAAACCCCUGCAGGCCUGGGCGGUAGACCCCGACUGUGCGCCCGUGAAUCCCGACAGCGAAUCAGAGGACGUGCUCCACGGCGUCGACCCCAACGAGGUGUUCCGCAGCGGGCCGGCCGCAGACUCCUCCUCCUCCGAGAGCGACAGCGGCAUCUCUGAGGAUCCUGUCGCCGAGAGGCGUGUCGUCGUGGUGACGGCGGCGUCCGCCACGCCGACCCCGACCGCCGUGUACCAGGUGGUGUAUGACCUCAGCGGGCUGGGAGCUGUGAAGGCGGAGCCUGGACGAGAGAACGUGAUCGCCAUCGAGCUCGACGAGUGGAGCUCCCAGGUGAUGUUUCCAGACUCGUGCAUCGUGAGCGAGCUGCCCGUGGGCGCCGCCUCUCGCCCCGGGGGCGGCGGCCUGGCUGCUCUGGAUCCUCACAGCUCUGACGACGGCCUGAUGUUUUCGGAUCUUCAGCUGACGGAGGAGGAGCAGAAGCUGCUGAACCAGGAAGGAGUUUCUCUGCCCAACAACCUUCCUCUCACCAAGGCAGAGGAACGAGUCCUGAAGAAAGUUCGGAGGAAAAUCCGCAACAAGCAGUCGGCUCAGGACAGCCGGCGCCGGAGGAAGGAUUACAUCGACGGCCUGGAGGGCAGGGCGGCAGCGUGCUCGGCUCAGAACAAGGAGCUGCAGAGGACCGUGGAGCAGCUGGAGAAACGGAACAUAUCUCUGCUGACUCAACUUCGACAACUCCAGUCUCUGAUCAAACAGACGGUCGGUAAAGGAGCCCAGACCAGCACCUGCUUACUGAUCAUCCUCUUCUCUCUCGGUCUCAUCAUCUUGCCGAGCUUCAGUCCGUUCCGGCGCCACGCCUCCGAGGACGACGCCUCCCGGCCGAUCGGAGUUAUUUCCAGAAACAUCCUGACAGACCCCUCCUCCUCCUCCCCCUCCUCCUCCUCCUCCUCCUCCUCCUCCUCCUCCUCCUCCUCCUCCUCCUCCUCCUCCUCCUCUGGGAUCGAGAGUCCGGCGGCCCAGUCCGACUCCUCGUCUCCACCUUCUGCUCUCAGCCAAUCAGGGCGCCCGGAGGGAUCUGUGCUUGUUCCACAAGAACCAAUAGAAAACCCUGACAAUCUGGAUGUUGCUGGCACAGCCCAGGGGGGGGGGGGACAAACAGGGAACAGCCCGGCUCUUGUUGCCGAGCCGACUGCGGCGAGAAGAAGAAGCAGCGACGUGAAACCGGCACACGCCGACGAGAUGUAGACAAACCGCCACGCCUCCUUCAGGUCAGAUGUCGAGCUCGUGGAGGUUGAAGUGUUACGCUCUGUUACCAGCAGGGGGCGCUCUGAUUGGUUGAUGAGCAUCAGCUGAUAUCUGUUGGAAAAGGUCUGAUGGGAAAGAGUGAGACAAACAUGGCCGCCCGGGUACGUUCAGGAGGAGUUUGUACGUUUUGACAACGUGAAUCCACAAGACCGACGCCGCUCGGUAUCGUGAACAUGACGUCGGACUGUUGAAUUAGCGUGAGUAGCGGGAACUGGAAACAGCUAGCCUGGCUUUCUCCAACAUUAAUAAUAGAAAAAAACACGUUACAUCUCACGUUUUGCCUUUGGAUCAUUGCUGACGAGUUUAAAGAUGUUUUAUCUUGUUACACAGCGCCCCCUGCUGGUCUCUCCAGCACCGCAGGAUUCUACAGCUGACAAAUCUCCAGACGAUUUAACGACCUAACUUCGCUUUUUAUGAAUAAUGUUGAAUAUUUUGAUGUGAAUUUGAAGUUAUUCUCUGUUUAAAUUGUUUAAAAAACAAGAGUUAAAGUUGAACGAGUUUAUCGGCGUCAGGUUUUCACUAAGUGGAUUCAAUUUAUUUAUUUUGUUCCAUUAACACGAUGAAAAAGUUUAAUUAACGUGUAAAGGGCGUUUUCUUAUGAAUUGAUCCAUUAAUGUUGGAGGAAAAUCUUUUUUUCUCUGU